AUGGACAGCUGCCACAAGGCGCCGGCGAUCUGGCUUGCCGGGCAAACAUUGAGCAUUCUCUUGAAAGUCUUUCUGAACGCCCACCAACAUGCAGAGCCUGCUGUCCUGACAGCCGGCAGCUUUGAAGCUUACUGCCGCGCCAGGGCAGCAGUCACAGCUCCCCAGUCGCAGCUCGCGCCCGUGACGCCGAGCAAUGUCCCUCUUGCGCAACGCAGGAAAAGACAACACGAUGCACCAACGCCCACAGACUGCGCUGAUCCUCGACUGCACUGCCUGCAAACACUGAGGACCAGACACAACUAUACAUCCCGGUCGCAGCUCGCGUGCAAGACGCUGAGCAUCGUCCCUCUCGGCAACACUUCCGCAAGUAGCCCUGGUCGACAGGAAUCCCAGUCGCAGCUCGCGCGUGAGACGCUGAGCAUUGUCCCCUCCCUUUCAUGUCAGGCCGCUCUAGGCACAGGACACGCACCAUCCAGACUGGACAUUACACCGUGUGCCACCCAAUCCGUGUGCACGAACAGCGCAAGAAAUCGCUCCGACUGCAACGCACGACACUGCAACAACGCAGGCAAAAACAACGGAGCACCUCCUCCAAAUAACUGUCACGCUGAGGAAGAUGCCACAAUACCCUUGUCGCAGCUCGCGCCUGAGACGCUGAGCAACGUCCGUGUGGCACAAUGCAGCACGCGACAGAACCACCCGCAAACAGUGCACACUGAACAUGCCAAUCACCUCAACCGGCAAGACCUGGCGUUCAGCCCUCUUUUUCCUUCCCGGUCGCAGCUCGCGCAUGAGACGCUGAGCAACGUCCACCCAGGUCCAGACGACAAGAGCGCUCAAGGCCGACAGGAAGCCCAGUCGCAGCUCGCGCGUGAGACGCUGAGCAACGUCCUCUCCCUUCCCUGUCAGGCCUGUCAGGCCCCUCCAGUUUCAGGCCGUGUCCCAUUUGAACUGGACAGUGCAACGCGCGCCCCGUCAUCCACAUACCGACAAGGAGGCCACAUAGGCACUAACUGUGGCACAACCUACCCGAACCAUUGUUCCGCUAAGGCAACAGCUGCAGCGCCUCAGUCGCAGCUCGAGCCCGUGACGUUGAGCAAUGCCCCCCCUGCGUGCCACAGCACGCGCCCUUUUGGCGCCACGUUUGCGUAUAGAUAUGGUAGACAGGAAGCCCAGUCGCAGCUCGCGCAUGAGACGCAGAGCAUUGUCCUCUCCCUUCCACGUCAAGCCACCACUGGCUUAAGCUUUGUCUCAACUGGACUAGACAUUAAGCCAAGCGAUACAGCGCCCCAGUCGCAGCUCGCGCCCGUGACGCUGAGCAAUGUCCCUCUUGUGUGCCACAGCACCCGCCCUCCAGGCACCGCUCCGGCAUAUAACCACGGUCGACAGGAAGCCCAGUCGCAGCUCGCGCAUGAGACGCAGAGCAUUGUCCCCUCCCUUCCACGUCAAGCCACCACUGGUUUAAGCUUUGUCUCAACUGGACUAGACAUCAAGCCAAGCGAUGCAGCGCCCCAGUCGCAGCUCGCGCCCGUGACGCUGAGCAAUGUCCCUCCUGUGUGCCACAACACCCGCCCUCCCGGCACCGCUCCGGCAUAUAACCACGGUCAACAGGAAGCCCAGUUGCAGCACGCGCGUGAGACGCUGAGCAUUGUCCUCUCCCUUCCAUGUCAGGCCGCUCCAGGUUCAGGAAACACAUCCUCCAGACUGGACACCACACCGUGCGAAACACUACCCACCUGCACACACAGCGCAAGAAACAACACCGGCUACAGCGCACAACGCUGCAACAGUGCAGGCAAAAACAGCGGAACACCUCCUCCGAACAGCUGUCGCGCUGAAGAAGAAGAUGCCACAAUGCCCCUGUCGCAGCUCACGCCUGAGACGCUGAGCAACGCCCGUGUGGCACAACGCAACACGCGACAGUAUCACCCGCAAACAGUGCGCUCUGAACACGCCGAUCAUUUCAUCCUCUACCGGCAAGACCCGUCGUUCAGCCCUAACUUUCCCUCCUGGUCGCAGCUCGCGCGUGAGACGCUGAGCAACGUCCACCUAGGUAUAGACGCUAAGACCUUUCAAGGCCGACAGGAAGCCCAGUCGCAGCUCGCGCAUGAGACGCUGAGCAACGUCCUUUCCCUUCCUUGUCAGGCCCCUCUAAAUUCAGGCCGUAUCCCACCCGAACCGGACAGUGCAACAUGCGUUCCACCAUCCACGCACCAACAAGGUGGUCACAUAGGCAGUGGCACAGCCUACAUAAACCCCAGUUCCGCCAGGGCAGCAGCCAUAGCGUCCAUGUCACAGCCCACACCCGCGACUUUGAGCCAUGUCCCUCCUGCGCACCGCAGCAUGCGCCCUCCUGGCACCACUCUUGCGUGUAGAUAUGGUAGACGGGAAGCCCAGUCGCAGCUCGCGCGUGAGACGCAGAGCUUUAUCCUCUCCCUUCCACGUCAAGCCACCAUUGGUCUAGGCUAUGCCUUAUCUGAACUAGACACUAGGCCAAGCGACACUGCGCCCCAGUCGCAGCUCGCGCCCGUGACGCUGAGCACUGUCCCUCUUGCGCGCCACAGCACUCGCCCUCCCGGCACCACUCUAGCGUACAACCACGGUCGACAGGAAGCCCGGUCGCAGCUCGCGCGUGAGACGCUGAGCCUUGUCCUCUCCCCUCCAUGUCAGGCCGCUCCAGGUUCAGGAAACACAUCAUCCAGACUGGACAUUGCACUGUGCGCCACAGAACCCGCGUACACAUACAGCGCUAGAAACAACUCCGGCUACAGCGCGCAACACUGCAACGGCUGCAACAGCGCAGGCAAAAACAGCGGAACACCUCCUCCGAACAACUGUCGCGCUGAGGAAGAUGCCACAAUGCCCCUGUCGCAGCUCGCGCGUGAGACGUUGAGCAAUGUCCGUGUGGCACAACGCAGCACGCGACAGCACCAUCCGCAAACAGUGCGCUCUGAACAUGCCGACCACUUCAUCCUCUACCAGCAAGACCCGGCGUUCAGCCCUUACUUUCCCUCCCGGUCGCAGCUCGCGCAUGAGACGCUGAGCAACGUCCACCUAGGUCUUGACGCUAAGAGCUUCCAAGGCCGACAGGAAGCCCAGUCGCAGCUCGCGCAUGAGACGCUGAGCAACGUCCUCUUCCUUCCCUGUCAGGCCGCUCCUGAUUCAGGCCGUAUCUCAUCUGCACCGGACAGUACAACAUGCGUCCCGCCGUCCACGCACCAACAGGAUGGUCACCUAGCCAGAGGCACAGCCUACGUGAACCAAUGUUCUGCCAGGGCAGCCGCCAUAGCGUCCUUGCCGCAGCUCACUCCCGCGACUUUGAGCAAUGUCCUUCCUGCGCGCCGCAGCACGCGCCCUCUAGGCACCACUUCUGCAUGUCGAAUUGGUAGACAGGAAGCCCAGUCGCAGCUCGCGCAUGAGACGCAGAGCACUGUCCUCUCCCUUCCACGUCAAGCCACCACUGGUUUAGGCUAUGCCUCAUCUGGACUAGACACCAAGCCAAGCGCAGCAGCGCCCCAGUCGCAGCUCAACCAUGGUCGACAGGAAGCCCAGUCGCAGCUCGCGCGUGAGACGCUGAGCAUUGUCCUCUCCCUUCCAUGUCAGGCCACCACAGGUUCAGGCUAUGCCGUACCCAGACCCAGACUAGACACUUCGCCAAGCGCCCUGCUGCCCCUUACACACUGCGCAGAAGCCCACAGUGGAGCAGCCUCUACUCACCGCCGCAACGCCAGAGAUGAGGACCCAUCACCGCGGCAGCUUGCGCCAGCCCUUUGCCGCAGUGCGCAACACUGCAACGCACCUGUCACGUUCACCGCUCCUGCGGACCUACUGCUGCAUUACCUGCAGACGCAGACGAGCGGACUGCUCCAUUCAUGGUUAGCCUACAUUACCGCUGCGCUUUUCUCUUUGCUUCUGUGGGGGCUGCAACUACAAGGGGGCGAAAGAAACGCAGAUCCGCUAAUCCGUGUAGGAAGAUGCAUAAGCGGACCUCAUGCAUACCUGUGGGCAGCCCUGCGCUGCACACAACCACACUGCAGUCCGCCUGAGCAACGUCCGCAUAGUAGGAAUGGGCAACCUGCCAACAGCCCUGCCAGAUCGCCUCCCAGCAGCUCCAACAUACCUUUCUGGGCCAAACUCCUAGCUGUUGCUUGCCUUUUCACGCCAGCGCAAAGCAUGCAGCCGAGCGGCGCCUUUUCCGUACCGGACCCCUCCCACACUUAUGCCGCAACUUCAGUCAGCCAGACAAGGCCCAUACCGACGCCCAGUAGAAGCCACAGCCGCCCUGCCGCGAUCUGCUGGACUGAAACAGAACACACCUCGCCCCAAGACAGACUCCAUGUCAGCGCAACAAGAACAAGCAACAGUGGAAAUGCCUCUGCUAACCCCAGACCCCCUCGCGGCAGCAACCAGCACGCCGACAGCAACUCCCCAAAGCAGUCCACCCGUAAGGAAGAUACGCUUCUAAACAGCCUGCCGCCGGAACAAAAGCUGAGAGCUUUCUUCCUUGCUGCAACCCUGCUCGACACUCUCUUCGAACACAACCAACAGCAAGCGCCGCCCAAGACCGGAGCCGACAAAAGCAAAGCAACAACCGCAGCAAGGCAGCCCUGCGGCCCAAGCCAAGAUCCCUAUGCGAGUCUCGCCGGGCUAGAGUCUGCGCUCGCAGGCUGCAAAGAAGCAUGGACAGACUUCUGGAGACGGCAGCCCCCGUGCGACCUUCCAUGCGGAUCCCGCAGCCAACUUCAGGGCCCCCUCCCCUUCUUUCCAGCCUGUCUCCGUGCGCUUGACAUCUACACAGACGGCUCACACAAGGAUUCGCACUGUCCAGGCUGGGCAAUAAUCCUCGUUGACGGAGUACAGUUUGGUGAGGAAAAGCAAUACGCCGCCUGUGCAUACGGUACUGUGAAGGCCAUAGCCGACAUAGGCCUCUGUAGAGACAACCAUCUCUCAAACAUCGACGCCGAGGGAAUCCCAGUACUCCUUGCGCUGCUCUGGACGCUUGGGCUUGACAUACGCAUCCAUGUUACCAUCUGGACCGACUGUGAGGUCAUUGCCACCGCUGCGAACGGCGCCAGUUCACCUCCUGACGCCAAGGAGAAACAGAGGCGCCUCUGCCCCAGCAUCCGACAAGUCAUGCAGAUCCAUGAAGCCAGGACCUCCCCUGUCCAAGUGCAAUGGACCAAAGGACACGUAGGCCAGAUCUACAACGAAUCCGCCGACGCGCUAGCCAACCACGCCAGAAGCACUGGGGCAUGUACAGCCCUACCCAAAGCCGUGCUCGCACUCCUGGAACAUGAGCUCCUCCCCUGGGCGUGGAGACUACAAGCCCAGACGUCUGCCAUUCCCUCACUGCAGGAACUCCUAAAAGGUGAGUACGAAGAGCGAGAAGCUGCUGCGCCUGCGCACCUGCCUGUUCCCAGAAGCAGCACUACAGCCAGAACGCAGCCCCUACAGCUCAGAGUAGCCACUUACAACGUGCAGUCCAUGCGUGACCGAGGGCCACUCCUCCAAGCCCUUAUGAGGCGAGACGGCGUUGCGGUGCUUGGACUGCAAGAGACCAGGUACCGAACGGCGUCACUCGGCCAGGGCGAGACGCACAUCACUGUGAGUAGCGCGGCCACACCAAGAGGCGAGGGCGGCUGCGCGAUCUGGAUUGCCAAAGACGCACAGAUCGGGCCAGUCCAGAUCAAGGAUGCUACCGUCCUAAUUAGCACAGACAGGCACCUGUUGAUCAGGCUGUGCACCGACAAAUGGACGGGCUACAUCCUCUCCGCACAUGCGCCCCACACAGGCAAGCCUGCUGAAGAGAUUGCCGCCUGGUGGGACGACCUCACCAACAAGCUGAAUCCCUAUGUCGGUACAGGACUACCACUCAUAUGUUGCAUCGAUGCUAAUGCAAGAGUUGGCGCCACCACAUCACAGGCCGUCGGUCCACACGCGAGCGAAGCCGAAAAUUUUGCGGGAGCCUGCCUGCGAAACUUCUGCCACGUGAAUGCCUUAUGCGCCCCCACUACCUUCCAGGGCAUUAAGGGACAGUGCGUCGAGCCCGACACUGACGUGCACACAUGGGCUUCCAGCCACGGUGACACGCACCGCAUCGACUAUGUACUCGUGCCGCAGGACUGGCUCAGUCACUGCAGCGAGAUACGUAUGCACCCUGACUUCAGUCUCAGGGAGGGGGAAGACCACACCGCAACGUCCCUGAAGAUCACCCUCCAAGCUGGCGCCAUUUCCAAGCCCAGUCGCGCUCAUGCCCGGAUCCCUCUGCUACGUGUUUCCGACACACAACAAGCAGAGGCGCCAAUCCCUGCGGCGCUGCAGACUGCCAGCCAAGUGCCCUGGAGUACCAACAUACAUGACCACGUUGCCAGAGUUGACGACAUGCUUCGUAGCAGCUGCCGAAGUCAGGGACCAAAGCAACACAGAAAGGCGCACAUCUCUCAGCACACCUGGAACCUGGUGAGGUACCGCAGGGAGGCCCGUCAUAGGAUCAAGGCUGCCCACAAUGGUAUCCAACGUCUCCGGCAACUCAUUUGCUGGAGGGCUUGGAAACUUGGACACAUCAGUGCGGAGUUCAUUCGGAAGGUACAGGAAUGGCGCGACAGGCAAUGCGCCUUACACCGCCGUCAUGCCACUGCCAUACGUGACACUAGUGUAGCAAGCCUCAUGCUACGAGCUUCUCUGAAACAAGACAGGCUGGACCACUUGGAGGUCCUUGCUGCCAAGUUCCAGGAAGCUGCUAACAAAGGCGCAUCGCAGCAGCUUUACCACGCACUCAAGAUAUACCGGCCUGCAGGCAAAAAGGUCCACAAGUCCUUUGGACAGCCGCUUACUGUCAUGCUCCCUACUGGCAAGCACGCUGAAACAUUUGCCGAAAAACAGCAGGCGCACAGGGAUGUGUUUGCGCAGCAGGAAGCUGGGACCAUCCUCACCCCUGCGGAGUACUGCAGCCAAGACGCCCCCAGUAGAGUGGAGCCCAGAGCCGCCAAAACACUGCUGCCCAUUUUUAUGAAAGCCCAUAUCCGGCUCACCGAGCCCAUACAGUAUCGGGGCUGUCAACUCGUUGCUUUUUUCAAGCAGAAAGGCACGCCAACUGACCCUCUAAACUACAGAAGCAUCGCGCUCUUUGACCCCGCGGCGAAGAUGCACCACCGGCUGCUGCGCCCUGCUUUGUGCCAGCAACUAGGACACACUGCCCAGCCGUUGCAACAGGGCUGCGUCAGAGGGUCGUCCUCAAACUCCCUUCACCAUUACGUUGCCACGUGGGGAAGGAUCUCCAAAGCCAGGGGCGCACCCUGCGCUACGAUCUUCCUUGACCUCAGCGCCGCGUACUACAGAUUGCUGCGAGAGUCUAUGUGGCCGACAGCUGCUGACGGCGCCGAAAGCCCCACAGACCAACACGUUGCCUGGAUACUUGGGCGCCUGCAGGUGCCCGCUACACUUAUGCACCAGGUUCAGCAGUAUGCUCGCAACACUGACCUGCUGGAGCAGGCCCCGGAGCACCUACGCCGCUACGUCAGAGUCAUGCUCAGCGGAACGUACUUCGUACAAGACGGCCUUGAAGGACUUGUCCGUACACACGCCGGCUCAAGGCCGGGCGACGCAAUAGCAGAUGCCCUCUUUGCGCUUGCUGCUGCGGACAUGCUGCGCGAAGUACAAGAGCACCUCAACUUAAACGGGCAGCCGUGCCCGCUGCCGACGUGGGCCGACGACGUUGCUCUACCGCUGACCUGCGACUCUUGCGAGGAAGUCGUCAACACUGUGCAACAGGCGGCUACCGUACUGCACGACAGCUGCACCCGCAGGGCAAUGGCACCGAACUACGCUGCCGGCAAGACGGAGGUUUUGGUAUGCCCUACGGGACCAGGAUCCAAAAAACUCAAGCGCAGCCUCUUCCGAACUGGGGAAGGCACCAUCGAGUUUACCGGUGGGGAUGGGCGUCACCUCCUUCGUUGCGUGACCAGCUACAAACAUCUCGGCAAUGUUAUCUCGGAGACGGGCGCGGCGCUGCCUGACAUCCGGCAAAACCUUGCAGCGGCGCAGGCUUCCGCUGGACCGCUGACGAAGAAAGUCUUCCGUAACGACAAAGCCCCUUUCGCUACGCGCAGCCUUCUCAUGCAAAGCCUCGCUGUUAGUCGUGCUGUGCACGGUGCUGAGGUUUGGGGGAAACUCAGUAGGCGCGAGUCACAUGUAUGGCACCAUGGACUUGCACGCGUGCUGCGCAAACUCCUGCCAGAAGACCGUUACACCGGGGACAGCACCUGGGCGGCGUCUGCAGAUGUCUUCGGCGCCACUGGGCACCCCAACGCGGAACAAUGCUUGUCUGCCGCUAGGCUCAGGCACCUAGUGCAGAUCAGUAGAGGGCAGCAUGAGGACCUUUGGCAUCUUCUUCAAGUAGAGGCCGCCUGCACCGCCGAUGCCUGGCUGCACCUAGUACAACGCGAUCUUGCGUGGCUUCAGGGGCUUUUCGACCGCGAAACCACUCCUCGACUGCCGGCAGAGGUCUUCGAAGCCGGAGCAGACAAUGCUCACAGCCUACGCCAGCUUCAUCACCAAAUCCGGCGAGGCAUGCGCAAAGUCGGGGAGCACAAUUGGCAUGAAUACCAACGCAGCCUGCAAAGUAAGAAAGCCGUCCCCGGCCCAAGUCCAGCCCCCAGCGAAGCAAGCAGAGUCGAGCUAGAGCAUCCUUUCGCUUGUGAGAAAUGUCCAGCCGCCUUCUCUACGCGACAGCAGGUGCGGGCUCACAGGCUUGCUAAGCAUGGCCAACGACCAUUGCUAGAAAGCUAUGUCGGCGCCAGUCUCUGUACAGUGUGCCUUACGCAGUUCUGGGCCCGCAGGAGACUCAUACGACAUGUCACGCAUGAUUCCAAAACCUGCGGGUGGCAACUUCUGACACGUGCCCGGGCGCAGCCCCUUGUAGACCUAAGACAGCGAGAGCGAGCCAGAGCCAUAAAGGCCACUGCCUCAGGUGGCAUUCACGCACAGGACCGCCUGCCAGCAGUCAGGGUGCAUGGACCCUUGCGCAGGGAAGUGCCCCCCGACAUGCAGAUUUCCCCAGACCUCCUUAGCAUGCAAGCAGUGCUCGACAUAGCUCAUGAUAGCACACAUGCUUGGCCUUUUAGGCUGCGGGUGACCCUGGACGAGUAUCUCACAGCCAGCCCUGCCACACAGGCUGUUUUCUUUCAAAGCCUGUCGGAGGCACAGCAACAUGUGCUGGAGCGCCUGGUUCAGGCCACUGAACAGAUCCAUACAGGUCAGGGCUAG